AAAACUAACUUCUUCAUAUGUGAGAAUGAGAAUCAAAACUUGAAUGUGGAAAAACGAGUUGAUAUAAAAUACUGGUUGAGGUGUUUUUCUUGUUUCUUCUUCGUUUAGUGAUUGUGCUGCGUACGUGUUAUUGUCAAAUUUUCCGAUUUUGGUUAAAAGAAUGUCGAGCAGCGAAAUAGUGUCAUUUUACACCGGUAAAAAUUUCUUCAUAACUGGUUCCAGCGGUUUCGUUGGUAUUUGUCUCUUGGAGAAGAUUCUCCGUGUGAUUCCCAACCAUGGUCAGAUAUAUCUCCUCCUGCGCCCCAAGAAGGGCAAAGACAUAAACGAGCGCCUUGAAGAAAUCAAAAAGAACCAAAUUUUUGAGAAAUUACUAGCCAAUAAGAGUGUCGAAGACGUGUUUCGUGGCGUCCAAGCAGUUGCUGGUGAUGUUGGUCAAGAAAAUUUAGGGAUUUCCCCUGAAGAUCGUCGCCUACUUGUCGACAAUGUCAAUGUUAUAAUUCACUCAGCCGCAACUUUGGAUUUCGGUGAUACGUUGAAGACUACAGUAAAUAUCAAUCUCUUGGGGACACGUCGCGUCACCCAAUUGGCUAAGGAUUGCAAACAGUUGAAAGUUUUGGUACAUGUCAGUAGUGCAUACGUCAAUUCAUAUCGUCUCGACUGUGAAGAAAUCAUCUAUGAUAAACCAUGUGACAGCGAGGAGUUGAUUUCAUUGGUCGGUAAGCUAAACGAGGCGGAACUUGAGAAAAAAACACCGGAAAUACUCAAAGACCAUCCAAACACCUACACCAUAACCAAACAUUUGGCCGAACAUGAAAUUAAAAAUUGUGAGACGAUUUUUCCUUGUACUAUAGUACGGCCUAGUAUGAUUAUCGGCGCGUGGAAGGAGCCGAUUCCUGGGUGGACAAUUAGUAAAAAUGGGCCACAAGGGUUUCUCAUGGGGGCUGCGAAGGGGGUGAUUCGUCGACUUCCGGUCGGUAAAAGCCUCAUUUAUGACUACAUCCCAGUCGACGUGGUUGUCAAUAAUCUACUAGCGGCGGGGUACAGUGCUGCCAACCAUCAAGCCAAACAAGUGGAAGUGUAUCACUGCACUUCAAGCACCCGAAAUCCAUUCUCGUGGAUUUUGAUCGAAGAUCGAAUUAAUAACUAUUUGCACGAAUAUCCGUUAAAAUCGGCCGUUUGGUAUCCAUAUUUGAAGUUUCUGCCAUCGGUCACGUGGUACAAAAUAUCGGCGUUUUUCGUCCAUAUUUUACCAGCGAUACUUCUCGAUUUUGUCACUAGGGUCGCUGGUGGCCGGCCUAUUUUAAUGAAACUACAUCGAAAUGUAAACACGUCACUAGACCGUCUGGAAAAAUUCAUUUUCACUGAAUGGAAAUUCCACGCAAAUAAAACAAUGGAGUUGCAUAAAUCUCUGUCAAAAACGGACCAAGACAUGUUUAUCCUUGAUAUAACACAUCUCGUUUGGUUGGAUUAUUUCAAGGAUUUAGCAGUCGGAGCUCGAGUCUACUUGAAUCGCGAACCGUUGAAGAAUCUAGCCGGCGCGAAAACAAAAGAUAACAUAUUGAUGAUUUUGCAUUUGGCCAUGCAGGCGGCGCUGUUUUCGCUCAUUUGGUAUUUGUUUGCUUGUAUUUUCGGGAUGAAGAUGUCGUCGUCGGCGUUCGUCGUUCCGAUUGGUUAUUUCAUAUUCAGUUUGUUGUAAUUUUUUGUAUUUGUAAUUUGAAUAUAUGGUUGAAAUGAA